AUGUACAAGACGACGUAUAAAAAAUCGUUCUAUUGGCCGGAACAUAUACCCAAAUCCAAUGUUCAUCAAGUCGAACCUGGGUUCACCAUGAUACCAAAGCCAAAUGAAGAUGAGUACAAACAGCUGUACAUGCCUAAAAUUUUGAUACAUAGAAAGCUAAGUGAAAAUAAAAGAAUUGUACCACCUUUGGUGUACUCAUCUAGUGCAACACCAAAAUGUCAAGACGAGGAUUUAAAUUAUUCCGAUAAAUACGAAAGAUCUUUGUACCAAGAGAGCUAUAUAAAUUGGACGCCAAGUCAAGCGCAUAAAAAAGAGGAAACACCAGAAGAGUGGGCUCAGAAAUGGAGGAACGAGUGUCACAACGUUCGAGAUGCCGACGAUUUAGUGCAGGACUUAUCGAAUCGAAUUAUCAAAUCUCGAAAGAUGAUAUUAAGUAGAAAGAAGAUCGGCUAUGCUUAG